AAAAUGUUCUACUCUCACCAGCUUCUCGCAAGAAAAGCUCCAUUGGGACAAAUCUGGAUGGCUGCGACGUUACAUGCCAAGAUCAACAGGAGGAAGCUCAAUAAGCUCAAUUUAGUUAAGAUCUGCGAAGAAAUAUUGAAUCCGGCAGUUCCGAUGGCUCUUAGACUCUCUGGAAUACUCAUGGGUGGAGUGGUGAUCGUCUACGAGCGGAAGAUGAAGAUCCUCUACGACGAUGUUCAACGUCUACUGGUAGAGAUCAAUGAAGCAUGGAAAGUGAAAUCCGUUUCGGAUCGAAACGUCCUUCCCAAAGGAAAAUUUCAGGCCAAGUACGAAGCUGUCACUCUGCUAGAUCAUCAUGAAGAAAUGGAGCUCGGCGUUGGCGACCAAUCGGAUUAUAGGCAUUUUUCCAUGAGACUGGAUGAAAUUGAUAUUUCUAACAUUAGCAACUGUGCUGAAGGUGACGAUCUCUCCAAACAUCACCAUCAAGCUGAUGCUGUUAACAUCACAUUAUUGGAUCCUUUUGAUUCAUACCGGAUGGAUGCAAAUCUAUAUAAUCGCUUUCAGAGGUUUGAUAUUGAAGAAGAUGAAGGUACACAGUUGAACUCUAGUCCUCAAGAGCACUCACCAGUCCCAGCGACUCUAGUAUCCUCACUACCUCCUCAAGAGCACUCACCAGUCCCGAUGACUCUAGUAUCCUCACCACCUCCUCAAGAGGAGCCUCAACCAGCUACUGGUAUCCAAGAGCAGCAUCCAGAACCUCAUGGUACUGAAGACGCUCUUCAGCCCCAGCAGAAUGAACAGAAGCGUGGUCCAACAAAAAGAAAACCAAGAAAAGAACCAAAGGGCUUUGUUAUAGAUUAUGAGCAAACCAUCAUCCCAGGCCACACUUACCAAUCUUGGCUUGAGAACCCUUCUGACAUCAUCUCAAAAAGAGCAAAGAGGAAGCAAGUCAAUCUUAGGUCUACCAUGAAGACAGCCCACCUUAUGGACCUCCCACCAGUGGCACUUUGUGGGUUAUCAGGACAUGGAAACAAAGAAGUCCACUACCCUCCACCUCUUAUGGAGCUGUGGCUGAAAUGCACCCAGCUUCAAACCACUAAUGCUUCAAUUUCGGUGUUGCCCGCAGGAAGAACUUCUGCAAACCAAUCGCCAGAACAAUUUUUACCAUCAAGUAGGACGCAUGAUAAUCAAAUCCCCAUGGAUUUUAUUGUGAAGCCUUUGGAGGAGGAUCUUCCCAGCGGAGAUGGUAUUGAGCCAUUUGAAGUCCGUGUGGAGAAUCCAGGUGGCAACCUUAACAACAUUGAAAUGCCAUGGGAUGUCUCCACACAGAAAGUAAUGCCCAAUCAUAUCAACAACGAAUUCCCAUGGAAAGUCUCCAGUACUGGAACACCAGGGAUCAAUCUAGUGGACUUUGAAAUGCCCGUAAAUGAGGCCAACCUGUUCGUUACACCAGGAAAUUCUGGAAACAAUGCAGGAACCAUUCCCAGCUCUGGAUCUGGACCUGAUUUCCAGAUACUUAUCCACGAACUCCAACUGCAUUCUGGAAGGUCCAGCAGAAAAAGGCCGUAUUCAUCAUCACACGGCCAUAGCAAUCUUGAAUCAGUGGCAGAGGAACCAUCAGCACCAUUGGAACAAGGUUUCAAGCUCCCAGGAGUACAUGAAAAUGGGCCCACCCCCGAUCAUGAACUGUUGGUGGAAACUGGGCCUACUCCAAGUCAACAUCCUAUUGUCAAUCAACCUGUCGACAAAAUCACUGAUACGAUGCGGAAGUAUCUGAAGACACAUUUUGACAUGCCGGGGGUUCCUCAAGUUGAAUCUCUCAAUCACCUGGCCGUUGGAAUGGAAAGACGUAAGGCUGCCCAGCUAUUCUACCAAACAUGCGUUCUUGCUACCCGUGACUUCCUUAGGGUUGAGCAGACCAUGCCGUAUGGGGACAUCCUAAUAUCUAGAGGAUCAAAGAUGUGAGUAGAGAGUAGAGGUGAAAGAUGAUCACCUUCCUUCCAAUGUUAAUUACAUUCACA